AAAGUCCUCGUUCCUCCUAGACGUCGCCCAAGGUAACCCACUCAAUCGCGGUCGCCCAAGACCACGCUUUUUUUUAUUUCGCGCAAUGGGCAACACCGCGUCUAACGCAAACAACCCACAUCCGUCGCCUUCGAUCAAGCGAGUAGACUCUCCUUCCAGCCGUUCCUCCAGCCACCAACAGUCCCAAUCGCCCUCACCCACCCCGAGCCAGCCCCAUCGUUCAUUAAGAACGAAGAAAAGGUCGCUCGAACUCCCAGACCUCGCCUCCCUUUCCCUCUCACCCUAUAAUUCGGCCAACACCUCCCCUCAUAGUCGCAGGCCGCCACAGACUUCUUCGCCUAUUCCAAUCCCCAUUCCCAAUAAUGGUCAAAAUGGGCAAAUCAAUAACGCGACGAACACAGGCACAUCUCCCCGGGGCAGACAGAUGCAUCCACAACCGUACAUCCCCAGGAACAACGAUAGUAACCUCUCCACCGAGCUGUUAGAUCAGCCGUCAACGCACAUUCCCGUUCGCCGGGGCCACUACAUCCGAGGUACCCAUUACAGCUCAACUUAUUCCAUCCAGUCUCGUGGCUCGGCGAACCCAAGGAUGCAGGAGCUCUAUGUCGCUAGCCAGCAGGAGCCAGAACCUCCCGCUCAAGAUGAGUUCGUCCAGGAGGUUGUUCAAUCAACCAUCCCCCUCGUGCUGCCAAAAUCAGACGACGAUCCAACUGCACUUCAAUCGCCCUUCGACAUCGACGAAAACGGGCAGCUCAUCUCAAGACCUGGAGAUACCCCUGAGGAACCGAGAGAGCCUAUAUCCGUCAAGAUCAUUUGGCGUGGUGGUGGAAAGAACGUGGUGUUGGCACGCGCUGGUGAUGAUAACUGGAAAGGGAGGCAGCCGAUGCGGCGGAGUGAUUCGCAAGAUGAUCAUUCCUGGUCAACUUAUGUCUCCCUCAUGCCGGGCACGCAUCAUAUCAGAUUCAUUGUCGAUAACCAGUGGCGACUCGCCGAAGAUCUGCCAACAGCAGUUGACGACGAAGGCAGUCUCGCCAACUAUGUUGCCGUCCCGAUUUCGGGGCUCACCCCGCCAUCCGGGGGCGCUGCUGCCGCUCAGCCCCCACCCGCUCAGUAUCCUACAUCAGCUGCAAAAUACCUAUCUUUCUGGUCAGAAAGCUCCGCCAUGGGGACGGAGGUAUUUACUCUCACAGAUCCUGAGAGCUACAAGUCGGGAUGGACAGAUGAAAUACCCCCGGAACUCGUCAUAGCUGCACGAGAGGAGGAGGCUUAUUUGGCGUACACCUCGGGCACUGAUUACGAGCUCGGCACACAUGACCAUGUCCCUGCGCCGAACAUCCCGCCUGCUCCUGCCCUUCCGAGGCAUCUCGAUAAACUCAUUCUCAACUCCAAGGCUUCUGGUGGCAGGGGCCGCGAUGGCAGGGAUCGACAGCGAGAGCGGGAUCGUGACCGUGAUCGCGAUCGCGACCGGGAACACCGACGCAGGCAAGGCCGGUCUAUGCUGGGCAUGGCGAGCUCUAUCGCAGGCGACGUCCUCAGAGAAGACACGAUUGCAGGCUCAGAAACCAAGCCUAUCCCAAUAACAACUGCGAGCGGCGCGGAUGUCACUUUUCAACACCUGUCUGCGGCACAAAUCUCGGCACAGACGCCGCUCGGUCUUGAGGGCCCCGGUCUCUCGGACGAUGCAAGCGUCCUGCCAGUGCCAUCUCAUGUUGUGCUCCACCACCUAAGCACCAGCGCGAUCCGCAACGGUGUCCUUGCCGUUGGAACCACGACACGGUAUCGCAAGAAGUUCCUGACCACCAUCUAUUACAAGCCCACCUAAGAACCACUUGGUGCCCAGUGCCCACCUCUAAAUUCAGAUCUUCUCCGCUUGGUUUUUUACGCCAUUGUACCACACAUUGAGUCUCGUUGGCAUUUGCCCUCCUGCGCUGUAUCGAUCUAGACACGUUUCCUUCUUUUAUCCAUCCACCCAGGUAGCCCCUCAUUUGCUCGAUUUGUUCUCCAAUCAACAUCACGUAUCCCACGCCCACCCUGCUGCUACCUAUCACGCUCCCAUCUUGUCGAAUCUGCCACACAUGAAACAUGGUAUGGACCACCACCGAUCAUCAUUGUCUGCCGCGUCCUUCCGCUACCACACUCUUGCCAUGCUACCGUUACUUAUAGACACAUCCUGUAUCUCCUCAUUUGUUCGUUCUCGAUAAACUGACAAAGGCAAGUAAAUGUACGUAAACCACCC